UUUGCUGUUAUAUAUUUUGAUUUCAUUUAUUCAAAUUAUUUCUGUUUUAUUUAUUUAGUUAUUUAUGAUAGUGUGCUGGCUAAUCCAUCUUAACAUUUCUAGCAACUGCAAGGACUUUGAAGAAUGACAGUAUGACAGCAUGAUGAAGUAGUUGCACCCACAAUGGUGUUGUAGGGAGGAAAACAUCAGGUUUAAUGUACUUUGCAUAGCUCGAAUAGAUCAAACCGCGGAAACCAAUCAGACGAGCGUCUCUUUCUCUCACAGCGCGUGAGUGUCACUGUGAAAGAGCGCGCACUUGUGUGUGCUCACCACAACUCCACACAGCGGAGGGGAGCAGAGCCUCAACUCGCGUUUGCCUUGACCAGACACGUCCAGAGUAGUGCAUUUGUGUGUAUAUGACUUCGUCAAAGUGAUAAAAACGUGUGGAAUGAGUUGAUUUGUACUCACAUUUUGGUAUUUAGUUUUGCGGUUGGACAUUCAGCACUGACAAGAUGCCAGCGGAGAAACCCACAACUCAGGUGCACGGCGGAAACACGCUUGUAAACAAUCAAAGGUAAGAAGUCCCACUGAAAGUCUACGGGAGCUGCUUCAUGCAGUCUAGCAGCUGUUUCCUUUAAGAUUUUUUAAAAGUGAUCUGGAUCUAAGGGACAAGCUGGUGAACGGGUAAAUCAAGAUUUAUAGAGGGAUGUCUCCAAUGACCCUGCAUUCACCUCGGUGACCCCCAAAGUGGCUCAGCAGCUGAUACCAGGUUAUUUCUAUCCCCUCUUUCCAUUCAAAAAGAGAUAUCGUUCAUUCAGGAGCAAUGGUUGGAUUGGCUCGACCUCACACCUAUUGCAGGAGCCAUUGAGUGGCGGAGUGAAGUCCCACCAAGCAAUUAUCGGGAGCACAACUAUGUGUGUCCCUGAGAAUGUCCUUUCACACUGGUUGAUGGCACCAUGUCUUCGCUCGUCUACAUUAUUCUUGAGCUCCUGAUUGCGGUUUUGGCCGUGGUGGGGAAUGUUUUGGUGUGCUGGGCCGUCUGCCUCAACAGCAACCUCCAAAGCAUCACCAACUUCUUCGUGGUGUCACUGGCUGUGGCGGACAUCGCUGUGGGACUCCUGGCCAUCCCGUUCGCUGUCACCAUCAGCACGGGCUUCUGCAGCCAUUUCCACGGGUGCCUGUUCAUUGCGUGCUUUGUGCUGGUCCUCACGCAGAGCUCCAUCUUCAGUUUGUUGGCCAUUGCUGUGGAUCGGUACAUCGCCAUCAAGAUCCCUUUGAGGUACAACAGCCUUGUCACAGGCCGAAGAGCCAAAGGCAUCAUUGCGGUAUGCUGGAUACUUUCAGUAGUCAUCGGCCUGACCCCCAUGCUAGGCUGGAACAAACACGUCGCAGCGGUCACCAACAGCUCUUGUCCUCAAGGUAUGACGGAGUGCCUGUUCGAGAAGGUGGUCACCAUGGGUUACAUGGUUUACUUCAACUUUUUCGGUUGCGUUUUGAUUCCGCUAUUUGCCAUGCUGGCCAUCUAUGCACGGAUCUUCAUGGCCGCCCGUCGCCAGCUCAGACAGAUGGAGCAGAAACUAGUACACUUGCAAGGACAUGCCCACAAGGAGGGAUCCUCAUCCCGGACCACGCUGCAAAAGGAAGUCCACGCGGCCAAAUCGCUGGCGAUUAUUGUAGGUCUCUUUGCUAUUUGUUGGCUACCAUUGCAUAUUAUUAACUGCUUCACACUGUUCUGUCCACAGUGUGAACGACCUCAGGACUGGGUCAUGUACCUGGCCAUAAUCCUUUCUCAUGCUAAUUCAGUGGUUAACCCAUUUAUAUACGCCUACCGAAUACGUGAUUUCAGACACACCUUCCGAAGGAUCAUCCGACAGCACUUCCUGUGGCAUGAAAACAGACUGACCAUUGGUAACAGCAACGGAGGCAUGACUACCUCUUCCGCUGCGGUCAGUGUGAUUGAAACUGCUUGUACAGUGUCCAAUGGCUAUGUGUUGGAUGCCAGUCCCAUUCCUGGCAUGGUUUCCUGUGACAAUUUUACAAAGUCAAUGCCAAGGCCGUCAAAAACGGAAUUCCAAGACUUAGGAUACAGUUUAAAUGGAACUUUGGAACAUUCCUUUCCCGCCGAUUCGACACCGAUUUUCUCAUUACAUACCGGGGAGGAAGUUCCCUCCGUCAGGGACCAUGUAGAAAUCAUGACUGUGAAAGACUGCAGUGCUAUUAAUAAUGCACAUGUCAGAUGUCUGGUGCCCAUAAGGACGAGCAACUCAUCCGAUCUUGCAGAAGUGUCAUGACACACACUUCCAUUAUGCUACAGGAGUCAUUCCUUAGAAAAUACCUGAAUGAAGCUUGAUUCGUUGUAUCGCUGAUCUGAAUUGUUGUGCUAGUGAGGGUGAUUUCACUUACAGUACUAUCAAAGGUCAGGAAAGAUAAAACUAUGUGAGGAUCACAUAGCUCCUGUGGGAACCCUCACUACACAAAUUCCAGGAAUUCCUGCUUGUCUUUGCAGUCAAACACCCCUGAUGGGGUUUCCAGAUUUUUAGACCUCGUGAAGAACUUGUUUGCUGACACUGUAGAGCAUUUUCAAAGGUUAUAUGUUUCCAAGGAGCUUUAUUAAAAGAGCAUUGUUUCCUGGUCGAAGUGGGAGAGGCCUCAUGGAUUAAAUCAAUAUUCUGGGGAAUUCAGCUAAAUCUGUUAUGAUGUGCCAUAAAAGACCUUGACGUGUGGCACGUUUUCAAGUAGUAUCAACUUUCUGUGCUUUUUUUUAGUAGGAGUUUGUCCAAACUGAGAACAUGUACACUCAAUCCAACUGCCAGAGCAUCUGUCAUGCUUUAAAAACGUAGGGAUCUGGGGAAAAAAAAUCGUAUUGCGUUUUUUUUUUUUUAAUAAAAAAAUGUGAUUUAAAAAAAAAAAAAAAUUCCAGGUUUGCUAUGCUUGUUUGUAGGGCUGCACAAUUUGGACAAAACUGGUGUAAUUAUAUAUCAAAAUAAUAAUAAUAAUAAAUCGUAAUAAAAAUAAAUAUUUAUAAAAAUAUUUCAUAUUUAAUAUAUUAUUUUAUAUUUUACAGUGAAAUAUAUAUAUGUACACACACACACACACACACACACACACACACACAUAUACACACUACCAGUCAAAGUCUUUUUGGACAGUAAGAUUUUUGAUGUUUUAAAGAAGUCUCUUUGCACCAAGCCUGCAUUAUUUAUUUGAUCCAAAGUACAGCAAAAAUAGUAACGUUUUGAAAUAUUUAUACUAUUUAAAAUAACCGUUUUCUAUUUGAAUAUGUUUUAAAAUGUCAUUAUUCCUGUGUUUUCAAAGCUGAAUUUUUAGCAUCAUUACUCCAGUCACAUGAUCUUCAUGUAAUCAUUCUAAUAUUCUGAUUUGCUGCUAAAUUUUUUUUAUUAUUAUUACUGUUGAAAAAAGCAGAGUUUUUUUGUCUGGUUUCUUUAAUGAAUAGAAAGUUCAGAAAAACAGCAUUUAUCGAAAAUUGAAAUCUUUUGUAAAAUUAUAAAUGUCUUUAUCAUCACUUUUGAUCAAUUUCAAGCAUCCUUGCUAAAUAAAAAUAUUAAUUUCUGUAACUUCUUUACACACAAAAAAAGACUCCAAGCUUUUGAAUGAUAUAGUGUAUAAUGUUACAAAAGCCUUUUAUUUCAGAUAAAUGCUGAUCUUUGUUCAUCAAAGAAUCCUGAAAAAAAAAAAGUACUCAACUGUUUUAAAAAUUGAUAAUAAUAAAAAAAUGUUUCUUGAACAGCAAAUCAGCAUAUUAAACUGAUUGUUGAAGGAUCAUGUGACACUGAAGACUGGAGUAAUGAUGCUAAAAUUUAGCUUUGAUCACAUGAAUAAAUUACAUUUUAAAACAUAUUCAAAUAGAAAGCAGUUAUUUGAAAUAGUGAAAAUAUGUCACAAUAUUACUAUACUUUGGCUCAAAUAAAUGCAGGCUCGGUGAGCAGAAGAGACUUCUUUAAAAAACAUUAAAAAUCUUCCUGUUUAGAAACUUUUGACUGGUAGCGUAUAUAUAAAAUUAAUGCAUGUUAUAAGUGACCUAAACUGGAGUUCACUGCAUUUACUGUGAACCAAGCUGCUGAAAACAGCAGAUCAUGAGCUGUUUGCGUGUAAAAGAACACAGUGCCAUGCUUUAACUUGAAAUGUGUUUAUAUUAAUAUAUGUAUUUAAAUAAAUUAAUUUCAUUUCGAUUAAUCAUGCAGCCCUAUGAAAACAUGACCAAACUGAACAAUGUACUGAUUGUAAGCAUGUAUUAAUAUUUCAAGAAAUGUACUAAAUAAAACAAAGCUAAUCUAUUUGCACAAACAGAAUUUAUGAAAAAUGAUGUAUAAAAUAUAUGUGCUUAAUUAGAAUCACAUGCAGAGAUCAAUAAUCCAUCAAAUGAGUAUCAAUCAUCUUUAAACAGCUGGUUUGAACCAUAAACUGUAUGUGCGACGUCAAGUGGACUUCUUGGUGCUCAAAGUGGACUUCGAUUUCUUUUUAUAAUGAUCAAAUUUUCCAGAAGAAUACAAGUAUAAACAAUAAUGACUCACAAAUAGUAUGUCAAAUGAGCAAUCGUGUGCAACAGAUUUAUUUAGUCUACAACACAACAUCAUAAUUAGGGACCAUAAAGUUCUCUGAGGAUGUAGGACAGUGGUGUUUAAACCCCGAGCACAAUCGUGGACUCCGACACAAACCAGCUAUGAUUGUAUUUACAGAGAGACUGCUGACGCCAGUAGCCGGCCUAAUGCGAAGGAAAUCAAAUGAAGGGGCAUUUGAUGAUCCCUUAAACUGAACCAUUACACUUCCUUUUUCCUUAUUAAACAGCUCUAGAGUGGAAAAAACUGUACUAUGUACAUGAAACAUGUAUUUGACACAUGGGAGUUGACGGUUCUGCGUGUGUAGCUGCCCAUUUAUAGAACGAGCGAGUCUAGAGUGACCAUUCAUAAAAAUGGAACAAGUGAGCUAGACUUCCCAGAAAAUGUUUUUGUUUUUUAUAUCCUUGAUUAAUAUUGCCUCCGUAUUUGGUCUACACUGAAGGAUCAGGACCUGAGUUGAUGCAUUAACAUGUCCAUUAACUUUUAAAUCAGCAGAUAUUCUCAUAACAGUCCCACAACAAAAAAAAAACACUUUUAAAAGCAUAUAUAUAUAUAUAUAUAGGGAUACAACAAUACAGUUAGUCCACAGUUCAAUACGGACCUCGGUUUUUAACCACGGUUUUCGGUUCGGUUUUGAUAGCUUGCCACAUCAGAGUGUUUUUUUUGUAUCUAAUUAACAACAAAAUACUUUUGUAAACCUCUGUACACUGGAAAAAGCGUGGAUUAUUAAAUGUCUGCUUAAUAUUCUUUUGAGAGAGGUAUUAUUUUUCAGAUUUUUAUGCAAAAUAGAAACAUAUGAGAAAAUUCAAAUUCAUAGCAGAAAAUUCACAUAUGCGUGAACUGAUGACGUUCCGUUCCAGCUUCUCAAAUAUGGAUAAAGGCAUAACGUUAAACGUUUUGAAUAUUGAAAUGUAAGAACAAUAAACACUCGUCUGCAAUAAUAUAUGGUUUAUUUGUGUUCUUCAAGCCAUCUCGGGUAUUUUCAUAAUGAUAUUUGUAAGCCAUAAUCGACAUACAGUGUAGAGUAUAUUGUGUGCCUCAUUCUGUGAUAAGAAGCCACAUCAGAUCACAAAAGGAAGUUAUUUCAAACGCUCGACUGAUGCUGUGAAGUAAAAAUAAUGUUCUCUUUUGUUGGACGACAGGUUUAGAAAGGCUUAUCAUUGCAUUUCAUUAGAAUUAUUUAAAAACAAGCGGGGAAGCGUUUCCUCAUCUCAGCACAUGAAAUCACGGGCACACACAGCAAAUUUAGAGCGAAAAAAAAACAAGGAAAUUAUUUAAAUGCAAAACCGAAAAACCACAAUUCACAAGUGCGUAUUGAACCGUGGAUGUUGUACCAAUAUUAUAUUGAGUGUUGUGACAUCCCUAAUAUAUAUAUAUAUGAAGAGUUCAGAUGCAAAACCAGCUAAAAGCCUGAGUGAUACUGAGUGAAUGCUCUUGACACAUAGUGUACAUCCAUCAAAUACUUUUACUUCAAACUUGCUAAAUUCCAGCCUCAAUCAGAAGUGACAGUACUUACACAGAAACCUAUACAAAGUAGCUAGAAAGAAAUGCUAAUUUUAAAGAAGUAUGUCAGAUGGAUUUAGAGGCUUUUGCAUCUGAGCUCUUCAUAUAUAUAUAUAUAUAUAUAUAUAUACAUAUAUAUAUAUAUAUAUAAAAAUCAUUGUUUAUUGGGUACUUUUAAUUGGGAGGUGGCUGUCCUGAACACUAACCCCUAAAUUUCAA